AUGCCGACCGACCGCGACAGUCAGCGCUGCCGCGCUAGCCAUAGCGAAGCCAUCGCCGAUGCCGUCGUCCAUCUCGACCAGCCCGCCAAGGCUCCGGAGCGACUGAAUGUCCGGUUUCACGGAGCAAACACAGACCGUGGGAGGAAGACCCGCCCGACCAGAGACAAGACCAUCGACGAGGAGGGGUUCGACAGCGACGACAUUCUCUCCCUCCACGAUGCGCUCCGCUCGCCUCGCCUGAGUCGCACGGGGCAGCCGGCCCCGACGGCCAUUCGCCACGACAAGGCUAGCAAGCCCUUGAAGCCCCGUCACUCGUUCAGGCGUAGCGGUUGCUGGCGCUUCCUUCUAGGCGUAGCCUCGAGCGUGGCCGUGGCGAAGCAGGACCACCGUUGCGGACAUGGAUGCGGGUGA